AUGGACUCCGAAACAAUGCCGUUAAAUCCAAUCACAAACAAUCAUCAACAUAGAACCCACAAUAGCAAUCUGCAAUCAUCUAAUGAGUUUAAAGUUUCCAAGCCAAAAACAACAGACAAGCGUAAGAGCUACAAGUAUGGUCAGUAUCCCAAUAGGAAACGUAUAAAUGAGCAUACAUCACCGACACCAAUAAGGAGUCUAAGUGGUGACAAUGAGAAAGAAAAUUAUAUGACAAAUGGCACAUCGUUACAUUAUACAACCAUUUUGACUACCCCUACCAGUAAAAGAGCUACUCAUAAAUCCCCAGCUUCAGAUUCGCCCUUAUCCAACCACAAGUUGUCAUCAUCAUCACCAUUUGUUGAAUCGCCAGCGGAAACUAACAAAUCAAACAUAAAACAACACCAUCACCACCACUACCAAAGCCCGUCACUCUCAACAACACUCUCACCACAUGAUGAACCACACCCUGGGAUACCUGAUUGCAAAUUUGAUGAUUUUGAAAUUGGUAGAAUAUUAGGGAAAGGUAAACUAGGUAAAGUAUAUUGUGCCAAACACAAACCGUCAGGGUAUCUCAUUGCCCUCAAAGUUAUGUCCAAAAAAGAAUUAUCAUCAAUGAAGCUUGAACGUAAUUUUCGUCGUGAAAUUGAAAUACAAUCAUCUUUAUACCACGUCAACAUUACUCAUUUACAUACUUGGUUCCAUGAUGAUACCAAUGUUUACUUGGUUCUUGAAUUUAGCUUGUAUGGGGAACUUUAUCAAGAGUUGCGAAAAUCGAAACGAUUUGAUAAUGUUAAGGCUAGUUACUAUAUUUAUCAAGUGACAUUGGCAUUACGGUAUUUGCAUAACAAACGAAUCAUUCAUCGCGAUUUGAAGCCGGAGAAUAUCAUGUUGAGUUUGGAUAAUAUUGUCAAACUAAGUGAUUUUGGUUGGUCAGUUUACAUGAAACAACAAGAAAAUGAUAGAGAAGAAAACAUCGUUGGUGGUGUUGAUGCCAAUGGUGUUGCUGCUGCUGCUGCUGCUGCUGCUGCUGCUGACGAUGAUGAUGAUGAUGACUAUCUUAACCAUAUAAGCCACUUGCAAGAUCCACAACCCACAACCACACACACCCCUUCCAAUAGAAGAAACACGAUUUGUGGCACUAUGGACUACUUGCCACCAGAAAUGAUUGAACAGAAACCUCAUGAUAAAACAGUAGACAUAUGGGCAUUGGGGGUUUUGAUUUAUGAGUUUCUUGUUGGUAAACCACCAUUUGAGGAAAUUGAUAAAAAUGCAACUUAUAAGCGUAUAGUUAAAGUGGAUUUACGAUUUCCGAAAUACUUGCCGCCUCCCAGUGGCGGUAAUGGUGGUGUUAACGACAAAGCAAAUAUAGGCAGAAGAUCAACUAUCAAUAAUGCCAGUGCUGCUGCUGCCAGUGCUAUUGCUUCAUCGGCUACAGGGAUGGAUCUAGAUGCUAUUGAUUUGAUAAGGCGACUAUUGCGUUAUGAUCCUAGUGAGCGGUUGAAGUUGGAUGAUGUUUUGCGCCAUCCUUGGAUUGUAAAGCAUAAACCAUAUUGGCCAGUAAAGAGUAAAUCGAAGUGA